CGUACUGGAUCGAUCCGUAGAGAAUGAUAAACACGUUGAUUUAUCCUUUGGAACGCGCAUAUGGAUCAGUGAGGAGCCUAACUUUGUUCCACCGUACCGCAUGUCCGCAUCUUGAAAAAUGCAGUUCUAAUUCCUGCAGUUACAGGCGUUCUUCAUCAGAAAUGGCCCUGCUUAAGUUCAUGUUGGAAUAGAUUUAGAGUUUCUGGACUCCGGACGAAAUAGUAUCUGUGAGGAGUUGCUACUGGGUAAUAUUGUUCGUGCACUGCCAUGUCAUCGCCUGAUGAUACUGCUAACCAGAGUGGAGGGAGGGGUUACAGAGGACGAGGUCGGGGCGGGUACAGGGGACAAGGGGGCCGUGGUGGUUGGAGAGGCGGAGGGCGUGGCGGGAGAGGACAAGAUAAUCAGCAGGAUGGAAGCGAAAGUGGUGAUGGGAGUGAUAACAGUGGACAGCGAAGAGGACGUGGCAAUAGAGGACGAGGGGAUAGAGGUCGAGGCGAUAGAGGAGGCGAUAGCGGUCGAGGCUAUAGAGGUCGAGGCGGUAGAGGAGGCGAUAGAGGUCGAGGCGAAAGAGGAGGUCACCGAGGGAAUCGAGGACAACAGGGACAGGAAGGUGACAGUGGGGAUAAAGGAGGUAAUGAUCGAGGGCGAGGAGGUCACCGAGGUCGAGGAAAAGAGAGAGGUGGACAUCAAGGACCACAGGGCAAAGCUAUGGAAUACAGUGCCGGUGGUGAUUCUAUAGCAUCUGAUUCAAGACAAGGCACAGAAUACAUUCCAGCCCUGAUUAAUCUUUCUGCAGGCUGCAUCCCUGGACAAACACAAGGGGGUGGACCUCCCAUGAGCUACCCAUUCCCUCCACGGUCUCCUUUUGGAAAUCCACCCCCAAAUCAGUACGGUCCUCGCAGACCUCCUGGUCCACCUGGUGGCUUUGUACCCCUAGGACCGGUGCCUCCUCCCCAAAUGAGAUAUCAAAUGCCACCUCCACCACAAGGCUUCCAGGGUGGAAGACCACCUGGGCUUCCUCAGCAAGGCCACUUCAUGAACCAGCGGCAACCGCCUCCGUCACUGAUGCAGAAUGCAAAUGCCCAACAAAGAAAGCAAGUUCCGAUGGGCGUGGUGCCCCCGGUGCAGCAACAACAGCAGCAGCACCAACCCCAACAGCAACAUCAGCAGCAUCAACAGCAAGGUCAGAGGAAGGACUACAGGAAAGACCGUGGCCAACGUUCUCGUGGAAGACGGCGAGGAGGACCAAGGCGUCGACGUGACAAUUCCGAUCAGGGAUCUGUUGUUGAUGAAUGUGAGAGCCUGGUAGGGAGUGAUGAUGAUGACUGCGGAUCGAUCAUGGGGGAUGACUUCUUUGAUGAGGAUCAAGCAAUAGAAAUGCUUGAUGAUCCGAAGAUCACUCCAGAUGGAGCAAAUUCAUUUGCACAAUACCCUGACUUGCAACUGUCGCUUAUUAAAGAAUGGAUGAUCAAGAAACCAUCGGACAGCAUGGCAAAGCUCUUGGAAAAUAAGGGAAGUCUACAAAAACUCCUCCAGGAACGCGAAAUAUCAAAUGAGAUGUUGAAUUGUUUGAUAUCUUUGCUUACAAAGGUAUUCCAAGAGCAAGGGGAUGGUUUACAGGUGAUUGCAAAAGCAAUCAUCAGUCAGUCAAAGUUUCUUAAGUUGCAUAUUCCACAAUACAUCAUGCGCAUAAGGAUCAAUGUCGAGGGUGAGACUACAGAGAAACUUCUCCAGCAGACUGUAGAUUUGACAACAAUUCUGAAACAGAUUGUGCACUGUAUGACAAGAAAGCAGGCUUCUGAGAUCCUUCCACCUCUUGUCCUCAUCGGAGAUGUGCACAGAGAUAUGGAGUCGAGGAACGUACCAGUCAUUGAGUCGGCUAAAGAAGCCCUGCAAGAAUGUUUCAAGAAACAGAAGGACCUGGCUGAAUCUCCUGCAAAUGGUGUCUCCAAGAAUGCAGUAAAGAAGGAUAGGUCUAAAGAUGCACUACUGACAGAGUUUCCUUCCUCAGGAGAAAUAAAAGACGGAUCACCUCCUGAUCUGUCUGCCCCAGCUGAGACUGGCAAGUACAAGAACACAGAAGCAAUCAUUGCAACACAGUUCCAGCUGUUGAGGGAACUAAUUGCACAGCCAAUCCGUGAAAAUGUGUCUAAGUAUUACCUUAUUCGUGAAGGAAAGAAGAAGCUGACAGAGGAACACUUGCAUGAAAUACCAGUCUAUCAGUAUGUGAACGUGAAAGGCAUCAGCUCAAAGGCUGACCUUGGUCUGGUCUACCGAAUGCAGUUUGAGGCAAAAUAUUUCCAACGUGAUCACUGGGACUCAAAUAUUCACUUAGCUGAAGGAUCUGUUGUAUGCAUGUCUGUUGAUCAUUUCAACACUCUCAUCUAUGGCAUUGUUCAUGAGCGGCAGUCGAGUGUACUUCAGAAAGGAUUUGUAGAUCUUUACAUUCCACGGGCAGAUGAUGUUGCUCUGCUUCUGACCAGCUACAAUUUCCUCAUGAUUGACUGUAAGCAAACCAUAGAAGGUGUUCUAGAUGUCCUGUCAACCCUGCGACACAUUACGGAUGUCACCAUGCCUAUGCAGCAACAUUUUAUCGACAUGAGUCACCCUGCUAAGCAGGCCAUCUUUUGUGAAGGAGACCGCAAUUGUUCAUAUGAUCUUGAUUCUCUGGUGUCAGAUGAUGCCCUAAACAGAUCAGCGAAAGCACAUGCAAUGAAUGUACCUCUCACAGAUUUUGACCACUGGCCCAGCAAAGAUUCUGUGCUCCUGGAUGGUGAUCAGUAUGAUGCGGUGAAAUCCGCCCUCACACAGGAACUUUCAGUUAUCACAGGUGGACCAGCCACUGGCAAAACACAUGUAGGUCAAGCAAUUGUCAAAGUUCUCCUCCAAAAUCGUCACAAAUGGGGUGUCAAUUUAGCCGACGGAACUCUUGGCCGUACCGACGUUGAUAGUGGGCCUAUACUUGUACUUGCUCCAGAUAAAGUCACUCUUGAUCACUUCUUGAAAGGAGUAGAAAGCAAGGGUACUGUCAGCAUAGACCAACAGAAUGAAGCAAAGAAGAGAGCAUCAACAAUGAGAAAUAGUGGUCCUGGUGGAGCAGAGCUAGAGGAAUUCCAGAAGAGAAUUUCAAACAUUCAGGCCAACAUCAUCUCUUCACGGAAGAGCAUAAUUAAUGUUGGGUCUUUGAAACAAGUCAUGAGUGCAUCACAUGCUGAGAGUAUCUUGCAGAAAGGUGGUAUGGCAGUAUGGCUCAUGCAGGACUCUAGUCAGAAGGCUCUGAAUCGUGCCAGUGUUGGGCUGGGUCCUUGUAACAUAGGAGAUGAAUGGGUGGAAGAUCCAUUCCACAUAGAUUACGACCCAAGCAAGAAGGCCUCAGAACCUGCAGAACAUGAGCUGUCCGAAAAGGACCUACGAUUUCGUAUUCGUCUCACUGAGCGCAUGAAGAAGCAGCAGGAGGAAGCUGUUCAAGACCCAUGGGCUUUGCAGAUUGAUCACCGAUGGCGACUCUACCGAUUUUGGUUGCGGGAGUUCUGGAAUACAGCUAAUCAACGCAUACGUCUGAUAUCUAAGGAGUUGGAAAACGUAGUUCAACAGCACCGGGUGAAAUCUGAGAAAUCAGAUUUUGUGAUAUACCAGAAUGCUACCAUACUUGGAGUAACAUCUUCUUGUGCAAUAGCACACCAUCGUAUUCUGAGGUAUGUCCAGCCCAGGAUCAUAAUGAUUCUCCAAGCUGCAGAUAUUAUGGAGGCUGUUGUCAUAGCAUCAUUGUCACAACACUGCCGACAGUUGAUCAUGAUUGGGGAAAACAAAUCCAUCUUGGAGCAGAAUUCUGCCAUUGCAGCUCUUGCAAGAACAGGUGGUGUGAUGUUGUCCUCCUUCUGUCGGUUCAUUGAGGGGAAGUAUGCCACUUCAAAAUUAACAAGGCAACAUCGCAUGGCACCCUCUAUCUCCAGGUUCAUCAAACUGGACAACAAAGAGCUUGAAGACCAUCCACAGGUGGCAAGACUUAAUGAAGUGCAAGGAAUUCCCCGCCGGGUUUACCUCAUGAAUCAUGGUUUGCCAUGUUUCAAUGCAAGCACACAUGAGUUGGAGUUUCUAUCAAAGCUCUGUGUCUACCUACUUAAGCAAGGACAUCUGGAAAGUGAGAUUACCAUUCUUUCCAAUUCUGUUGGGCUACGUGAUCGUUUCAGGAAGAUUAAGGAAUUGUCUAAGGUCAGUUCUGAACUGGUAGAUGAUUUCCUCGGAGAUAAUGAUAUCAUACUCUUGGCCACUUUCCGGAUGGAUGAACCCGGACGUCUCAAAACAAAGGAUCGGUUGAUGAAGGCUCUUUCAGUCGCAAAGAAAGGUUUCUAUGCAGUUGGCAAUUUUGAUUUACUUCGUACACAGUGUGAUAGAGUACUUCAAGAUGCUAAACGUCUGGAAGUGUUGGGCAAGCAACUACCUUUGACUUGCCGCUAUCAUGAGAACCAACAUGAUAUUGCUAUGAAAGCAGCAGAUAUCCAGAAGCGGAUCGAUACUGGUGGAUGCAGUCGUGAGUGUAUGGCACGUCUACCCUGUGGCCAUAGCUGUAAGCAACCAUGCCAUAAGCACAACAAUAAGAAUUUAGGUGAUUAUAGGUGUGAGCAGCAAUGUCAAAAGUCUAUAUGCCAUGCCGGACAUAAAUGCACCAAGAAGUGCUUUGAGAAAUGUGACAAAAAAUGCAACAAAACAUCAGAGAGGACCUUACAGUGUGGUCAUAAACAGGUGACGGAAUGUUCUCUAGCCAUCGGUAAAAUCAAGUGUCGAAGUCCUUGUGAGAAGAUCCUGCUAUGUGGACAUCUUUGUCGUAACGCUUGUGGGGAACCAUGUGCUACACUCUGUCUGGAAAUUGUGGAGAGAGAAUGGCCAUGCAACCAUACAGUGAAGGUACGAUGUUCGGACACGGAGGAAACAUGCCCCUCUCCAUGUCUAGAAGAACUCAAGUGUGGACAUCGCUGUCGUGGAACAUGCGGGAGCUGCAUGAAAGGCCGCCUGCACAUCUGCUGUGAGGAGCCAUGUGGCCGGAUCUUGGUCUGCGGGCAUCAGUGCAAGAGCAGAUGCUCCACCGCCUGUCCACCUUGCACAGAGAAGUGCCAGAAUAAGUGCAAGCACAGCCGCUGCACCGAUCCCUGCGGGGAACCCUGCAUCCCAUGUCAGGAGCAUUGUGAAUGGCAGUGUCCUCAUCAGGUUUGCCGACGUGCUUGCUGUCAACCGUGUGAUCGAGAGCCCUGUAAACAACCAUGCAAGAAAGAACUGCCAUGUGGUCAUGGGUGCAUUGGUCUCUGUGGGGAACCUUGUCCUAAGAAGUGCAGAUUGUGCCACCAUGAUGAAGUCACAGAACUGUUCUUUGGAAAUGAAGACGAACCAGAUGCUAGAUUUGUCGAGCUUGAAGACUGUGGUCAUGUGAUCGAGGUACAGGGAUUAGACAGGUGGAUGAUGUCCUCUGGUGAUGAAACAGAAUCAGAGACAGUUAAACUCAAAGGAUGUCCGAGAUGCAACACACCCAUCCGUAAAAACCUCCGCUAUGGAAACGUGAUCAAACGCACCCUUGAAGACAUUGAGGCAGUCAAGAAGAAAAUGAUGGGUAGCAACGCGGAGAUCAAGGAGAAGAAACGUCUUCUAAAGAAGAAGAUUGGCCUGCUGGAGAAAAUUGAAGUCAAUGGUCUUUCAGAAGAAGUCAUCAGAAAUUUCCGGGAGAACAUCAAUGACUGCCAUCAUCUGCAGACCUUGGUUUCCCGACUGAACCGAUGCAACUUCAUCCAGGAAGUCAUCAAUAUGCAGUCUCAACUCGAUGGUCUUCGACAGCUCCUAGAUGGAUCAUCGACUGAAACGAAGAUGCACAAGUCACAUCAAGAUAUCAUUAAAUACCGGUGUGAGCCAUUGGCAGAACGGCUUGGCAAGAUGAAGGGGGGACUGUCCUCUGGAGACCUUGGGCGUUUUGCUGAGCAACAAAUGAACGAUACCUUGACAGAAGUGGUCCGUCUGAUCAUGGAGUGUGAUGCCGCAGGCCUCCUUGUCAAUAACUUAAAAUGGUGGGACAAGAACCCCUCGUACCAAGGUAUCCUUAUCAAGUUCGACAGCCUCCUUUCCAACCAGAAACCACUCACCCCCGACCAGGAGAAUGAGAUCAAAGGAAUUUUAACACUUAUCAACAAUGUUCUUGGUCAUUCGCAGAAUACGGCCUUGGCCAUUAGUGACAGGGAGCGAUUGCAGGUGGUCCAUGCAGUUGGUUUAAGCCAAGGCCAUUGGUUCAAGUGUAAAGAAGGUCAUGUCUAUGCCAUUGGUGAAUGUGGUGGUGCCAUGGAACAUGCACGCUGUCCUGAAUGCGGUUCCGUCAUCGGUGGACAGCGCCAUCGCCUGACCGACACCAAUGAACUUGCUGGAGAGAUGGAUCGUGCACAGCAUGCUGCUUGGUCAAAGGGAGGGCAACAGUGAGGCCUUCAAGUAAACAAAUUAGGACCUAUCAUUCCUGAUACACUCUUGCUUUCAAUUUGUAGAUACAUAUCCAUUUUUUCUGUAAUCUACAUGUAUGUUUAUGAUUCACAAAACAUUUGGUCUUUUUUCAUUAAUGUUUAUAUGGAGAGCACAAGCAAAUGAUUACCAUUGGUGAAUAUAAUGGGACUAGGAAUCAUUUCCGAGGCAAUUAUAAUACAGCUAUAAUUCCAAAAUGAUGCAUUGGGUGAUUGUGUCUCUCAUCCACUGAAUACAGUGCAUUAUUUGCUUUAUAUUCCACGUUGGAAACUAUCAAGCUCUCGAAAGGAAAGAGGGAUCAUAUAUCCAGCAAAAUUUCAAGGCAGAAUUUGUUUCAAUACAUCGAGGAAACAAAUAAGUACCCUAGCCACAGUAACAAAAUCCUUGAUUGCUUUAGUGUCUAGUAGUAGCUUAGCUGCAAUUAAGAUUACGAUACAUCAUACCAGGCAUGCAAAACUUUAUGAUUAUUAUUAUGGAGAUUGACUGCAACAGGCUACAUAAAAUACUUAGCACACUAUUUGGUAUGCUGUAAAGCCAAACUUUUGAAUAUUGGUACAUGUAUUGUAGCGUUUACAUGGUUUUGAUUUUUUUUUUCAAUUUUUUCACUCCUCUAAAUGUACAUGCUAUCAAAGUGGAAAAUUUCUGAAGUUCUUCCUUGCCCUAAGGCUGGGGAAUCCCCUGAAAGACACCUGCUGCUAAUGAAGUAGUUUUCAUUCAGUGGCGACGGUUCUACACUCUCCAUAUAUGUUUUUUUUUAUAUAUAACAUGAAUCAAAGUAAAAUAUUCAGUGGAGAUAUAUUUCAUAUCAUAAGAGAUGAAAUAACUGGUUUAAAUUGUGCAGUUGAAUUUUAUGAAUAGAUAUAUUGCAAUAUAUAUGUAAAAUAUUUGAUUUACUUUGAUAUGAGUAUAUAAAAGAGUGUUUAUUUUAUCCGAGAGAAAAGUUAAUCUAACUUACAUUUGAAUAUUAGUUAGUUUAUCAUUGAAGAAUACCUGAAAUCAAAUUCUUAUUGUCAUGAUUAUUGUACAUAGUAUUCAAAAGAAAAAAAAUUGCAUGUAGUUAACAAAAAGCCAUUUAUGGUCUAUAACAGAGUCUUGUUUCAUCAACUUGUUGAGUUAAAAUUAUUGUUAUAUUGACACUAUUUGGUGUGAAAUUCAAACUCUGAUUUACUGUUUACAGUGAGUGGGUGCAUGUUCUCCUACACCAAAUAAUUUUCUUUGUUGGUGUUGUUAUAACACCUUUUUUCAGUGUUAGUUCAGUUAGUAAAAUUGCUAUACUUGAUCGGUUGAUGUUAAAUGUGUCUUGGGGGAUACUCUGCAUUCGUUAUUAUGACAAGUUUUUGUGACAGAGCAGUUGAGUUCCCAUGGUUGUAUUUUGCUUCAAUGUUGAUUAUGGAAUUUGUGUUUCAUUUCACCUAGCCUUAUCUCUGAUUAUAUACAGCUGAGGUUUAGAGGUUAGUUCAAAGGCAACCUCAAUCGAGGUUAGCAGUUUGAUUCCCUACUGGGGCAUGCUUGGUUGAAUGAGGCAUCUUGUCAAUCAAGUAUUUCAUAGUAAGGCCUAUCAUUCACUCUAAUCGUUACACCGGUGUGUUGACUCAGUAGAGUGUCACAACCGGGAGGUCAGGAGUUCAAGGGAUAGAGCUUUGUCGACCUGGCGCUGCUAAGUGCCUGUCGGGCCCACAACUAAUUGGGCAAAAAAGAAUUUUCUGAGUAUUUUGAUUUCACUUCGAACAAUAAAAUAUGGAUUUUCAUUUUUCCAUGCAUAAGGAGUAUUUCAUAGUAAGGCCUAUCAUUCACUCUCAUUGUUGCACUGGUGUGUUGACUCAGUUAGUAGAGCGUCCGUCUCACAACCGGGAGGUCGGGAGUUCAAGCCCCGGCCACGUCAGACCAAAAGACGUUAAAAGAUGGGAGUAGCUACCACCCUGUGUGGCGUUUAACAAUUCAAGGGAAAGAGCUUUAUCUUUCUGGUGCUGCACAGUUGCUGUCGGGCCCAGGACUAUUGGGCGUAAAGAAUUUUCAGAGUAUUUUUUUCAGAUUUCACUAUGAACAAUAAAAUAUGGAUUUUCAUUUUUUUUCAUGUAUAAAAAAUUUAUCCAUAUUGUGGGCACUCAACCCAGUUGAGGAGCUGGCAGGAAUCUACUUUGAAAUGCAGAACACAGAUGCUGUACCAAAGCUAGAGAAUUUAUGCUGCAUUAUUGUACAGUACAUAAGACUUUCAGUAAAGUGUGAGGCACUAUAAGCAAGUAUAAUUAUUAUUGAGCUUAUGUAGAUUGUAGUAUACUGGUAUUGUUAGGACAAAUGAAAAAGCUGUAGACAUAUUUCAGACAUAAUGAACAAGAUCAGCAUCCGAAUUAUGCUGAAAAUCUUCUUGAAAAUGCUUGCUGAACAAGGAUGUUAUUAGAAUUCAUGUUUUUUUUCUUUAUAAUACUUGAGAACAUAGUGUUAUUUCUAGUGUGCAAAUUAUUGAUUCAGCUAACAUGUUGCCCAAGAGGUCCCAAGUAAAGGACGUUCCAGAGUUACGUUUAUGCGCAUCAUGAUCUGUGCAUAUUUUAUGUUACGUGCAAUGAUGUCACAAUUGUGAUCAAUCAGUUGGUAUUAAUAGUUAUCAUGAUGUGCAUUCGUACUGCAGAUCUGAUGUGGUAUCUUAUAAAGCUAAUCAACUGAAAACAUCCAUGGACUAACAUUUGUUAAUACCACUACAAUUUCUGAACACUUUACUCUGAAGUGCUGCAAGUUAUGACGAAUAUGACCUCAAGUUCAAAUAAAUGGCAGAGUGGUUUGGACUUUUUCUCUCAAUUCUCAAAGAUACAAAGCCUUUGAUGCAUUUUUGGUGUUUCAAAGCAAACUUGCUCCAACAAAAGUGCUGAUAGUUUGAAAACAAGCAAGUGAACCCCUAUUUUAAUGUUUACACAGCAUAGGAACUCUUUCCUUUCCAAUUAAGCUUGUAAAUCUUUGUGAAAAUGACAUGGGCUUUGGACAGCAUUAUUGUACUUCUCAGAUUUGUUACAUAAAUUUUGACUUAAUAUGCUGCCAUCUUUAACACCAUUUUAAAGAAAUGAAGGUGCUGUUAGCCUUAAAAGGGAAACAAAUAGUAAUAUGAAUGUUAUCUCCAUCUUCAGUUGCAAUUCUGAACUAUACUAUAAUAUUCACUUAAAUUUUCAUGGAGUUUGACUAAACAGGUUUUACCCAAACGUAGUGAUCUUGUGGGGUCUAAAAAUGCUGAAUUAUUUUGAAUGCACAACUCUCAAGAACUUCCAAUUGGGUGAAAUUCAAAGCUCAAUAGCAAAAAAUUAAUCACGUGAACCCAUGUUGAUAUUUUAAUAUUUGGAACAUUCAGGUGCUUAAGUAACUAUGUGCAAAAUUUGGUAAAAAUGACAUGGAUUUUACUAUAACUGUGGAACGUCCUUAAUGCAACUCGAUAUGAAGACAUGCUUCUUAUUUAAUGCACUAAUGACAUUUUCUUGGUACAAGUAAUGCAGAUAUGUCCACAUACAUGUAGAUCAGUGAAGAUGUUCAAUCCAGUCUGACUACUAAAGAUUGUUGUUACCUGUGCAUGUGAGCUGGACAAUAUUCAAUUGUAUUGCUUCAAAUUUGCGAUUGAUCACAAACCCUUUUUUUUUUUAAAUGGUGGUCCUGGCCAUUUAAAACUAGCAGUGUAUUAGUAGUGGGGGCAUCAUGGUCUAGUGGUUAAGACUCUUGCCUUUCAAUCUGAGGGAUGUGGGUUCGAUUCACAGCCAUGGUGUGUUUUCCUUCAGUAAGAAAUUUACCCACAUUGUGCCGAACUCGACCCAGGUGAGGUAAAAGGGUACCGGGAGGAAGUAAUUCCCCAGAUAGCUGUAAGCACUAGCAUCGAUAGACUAGCUUAGCUGGUAUAACAUGAGCGCAUUGCUAUGAUCACCUAUCAAGGUGGACACUUGCGCUAUAUAAAUCCUAUAUUGUUAUUAUUCAUUUUCAGUAUAGGAAGAAAUAGAAUGUUGAGAACUAUCGUACAUUUAGAUUUUGUUAGCCGUUGCCAAUGGCUCAAGUUGUGCAAAUUUUAACACUGUCUGUUGUUUUUAUCACCAUACACUUAUUCAUGUCAAAGAAGAAUAUUUCAUAUAUUUCAUUUAUUGAAGUUAUAAAGCAAUGAGUUCAUUGACAAGUUGAAGUUUAUUAAUCAUAUUUUGUUCUACUCUAAUUAUAGCUGUAGUUUGAGAAGUAUUGGAUUUGUUUGAAAAGCAAUUUCAUUGAUAGCUUUAAAGAAAAUAAUACAAGCAUACAUUGUAGGAUUUUUUUUUCUUAUAACUUGAACUAUUUAAGUUGGUAAGAGUAAAAGGUUUAAAUGUAUAGACUAUUUUGUUUUAAUGUCUAAACCAUGUGCAUAGAUUUGCUGUUGAACAUUGUAUCGAUAUUCUUCCUCAUUUAUUUUAUGCUGCUAAGAACGAUACAAAAAAUCUUUAAUUGGAAUUAUGAGAACAUACUAGACAUAGGUAGUACCUAAUGGAGAAUUUUGCUGCUGAUAAUACCAAAGUCAACAGUGAAGUUGAAAUACAAGUAAAUAGUCUUCCAGUAAAGUUCUAGAGAUAAUUCAUGUAUAUUUUUUGUUUAAUAAGUACUUAUCAAUAAUUGCUUUUGCGCUUUGUACGUCUUGGACAUUGAUACAAUGUACAAGUCAGUAUCUAUUAUAACUUGGGGUAUAUUAGCAAUUUUUUUCAUUUCAUUUGCAAGAACUUUGUUUAGAUCUUGAUACUGUAGUGUAUUCAAUAGCCAUUGUUGUCAAUUUGUUGGUAAUGCUUAAGUCAUGUUAGCAUGUUACUUUGUCUAAGGUUAAAUAUCGGACAUGACCAUCAUUUUCAGAACAGAAGAUGAAAAGUUAGAAAAAUGCUGCUCAAAAUUCAUCAUGUUGAAUAUGUCCAUUCAGCCAAAUUAUGGAGCAAUUAUAUAAGAAAUGCAUGCGUUUUGAGGGUUCAGAAAUAAACCUUGGUAGCACUUUGUCAUAACUCUUUGUCAUUCAACUUGGAUACUAGUGGGGAGUAGGUCGUGGGAAAUUCCCCAGUCUAGCAAAUUCAAUGGUUUUAUUAACAGGAUACAUGUGCAUUACAAUAAUUUACUUCAGGAAAGUGGGUGAUCAAACAAGAGAAACAAAGAAGUGUAUGUAUCAUGGUAGCACUGCGGUCUAUUAAUAAAGAACCUGAAUUGUCAUUGAAUUGAGAAGUGCAUGAUUCAUGUUGCAGCAAUCCUUGGGCAAGCCUUGGCAAUACAUAUAUGUAAUGCCUUCCCUCUAAAUAAUUCUUUGUCAUGGAUGGACCUGACAAUUCUUGAGGAAUUCCCAUGCUGGGCUCUCAAAGACCACUAUCAUUAUGAGUAUUCUUCAACUGAUAAAGUAACUCAGUAGAUAUGGUUAUACAUGUACCUGACAAUGCUGGAUGUGCUCCUGCAGGAGACCCAAAGAACAGUAUCAAAGGUUCAGUACUGCUGAUGAGGUUUGACAGCAUACAUAAAGAUUUUGAAGAUUAAGUCAAUGUGGUAAUGACGCCGUUGUAUCCUCUCAAAUUCCUGGUCAUGGCUAUACCAAACAAUCCUUGAGAAAUACUGAUGCAGGGGUCUCAAAGACCACUAUCAUACACUCAGUAUUGGUAUUAAUGAGGCUUUCUCCCAGCUCAGACUCGAUCGAUAAAGAAGCUCGGAAGAUAUGUUAAUACAAGUACCUGACAAAAGGGUAUCACAGGGUCACUAAUGCUGAUGAAGUUUCACAGCAGUAAAGAUUUCAAAGAUGAAGUCAAUUUGGUAAAAGAUGUCGUAUCCUCUAUAGUUCCUGGUCAUGACUAUACCAGACAAUUCUUGAGGAUUGCCGAUGCAGGGGUUUCAAAGACCUUGGCCUGCUGGACAAGGCUUCCCAGCAUGAAGCCUCAAGUGAAGAAGUAACUAAGAAGAGACUUCACUAAGCAGUUGAACAAAUAUAGAAGUAUCCCUUGUAGUAAAAUAUCAUUGAUAUGCAGUUACAAGAGUUAAAUCAGAAGUCAAUCAACGGUACUGCUUGAGGAAUAAACAACAAAGAUUUGUAUUUUGAGGAUAUUACCCAGGCUUUCAUAACACAGUCAUGGAUACCCAUGUGUUAUUGUUUUAAUAAGUGAUUGUGCAGGAGCCUCAAGGAACAGCAUUAGAGGAAGGUACCCUUGUCGGCUUUACUGCAAGACUUCAACAUUGAAGUCAACCAAGAUAUUUUGUAUUUCCUCAAGUUCCUUGUGAUCCAACAAUGCUUGAUGAAUACGCAGCAAAGGCCUCAAAGAACAGUAUUGAAGGAUCAGUGAGGCCUUCUUGAUUAAAAUAAAUUUGCAUGUUAAUGUAUCCCCUUUCCUUCAAGCUUGAGGACUCAUGCAAGAAAUGCAAGGAACGUUUUCUGCAUGACUUCAAGACCUUUUUGCUUGAAGCUUAGCUUCAAGGAGAAACCUGCCAUGUUGACUAGUGGUGUUGGGAUUAAGGGUCUGGACCGUAGAGUCAUGUCCUGAGUAAACCACAUAGGUGGGAUGUUCUAUCACUGGAUGCACUUGUGGAGACCUUUCCUACUUGGGGUAGCGUAGAGGUCUUUAACUCUAAUGCUUCCAACUGAUGAAGUCCUACUUGUUGCUUCUCUCAGAGAUGUUUCAUUUGCGGCAGACUUCCUCUACACCAUAUUGAAACUUGGAUUUGGUCGUAGGUUCAAAUCCCAGUCAUGUCAUGCUAAAGCCAGGGUAAUACAUCCAAGUCCUUUGGAUUGGAAGGGCAUAGCUUGUAUCAUAAUGUGAUAUGUGCUACAAAAACUUAUUAUUAUAAUCAAAUUGUCUGAUUUCAACGCUUAAGCUAUACAAACACUCAUGCUAGCUAGUAUAGCAAAAAAAAAUGUGUUCAUGUGAAUAGUCAUUGAUUACAUAAUAAAAACAUACUGAUGAAAUUGAAAUACAUAAUGCUUAUCCUGAUUUGUAGGUAUGUUUUGUAUAAUCAAGGAGAUAUCUUCUUGGUAUAAUAGGAACAUCACUGUUACAAUAAUAUUACAAUGUACUAAUGCAUCAUUAAAUUAUAUUCUUAGGUUUUAAAUGACCAGAGAACUUCCCCAAAGUGACAGUUGUGUUGUCUGGUAUACGUUGCAUGGAGGUGGGAGUGUCCAACCAGGUGUGGGACAAGUGUCCUAAAAAAAAUGUGUGACACAACAGAUAUUCUCAGGCUUUUUGUUCAAUUACCAUAAGAAAACCAAUAAAGAGUUGAUAAAUGAAUACAACUAAAUUAAAACAUACAGACAGAGCUGCCAACCUAUACAAGAACAUUUUAGAAUUAUAAAAGCGGAAAAUCAGUAUUUUGAUGAAGUCAGUAUUUUCUAAGAAAUACCAUAGGACAACACAUUAAACUGGAACUUUAGAAAUCACUAUUUUGCAUGAAACCAUCAGUGUUCUUCUCAUUUUUCAGUAUUAAAUACAGAAAAUUUGUACUACUUGGCAGCUCUGUACAGAUGUGCUCAAAAGUUAAUGAGCCCUAACAGAAAAUGCACUUCUUCA